CGGAUUGAUGGAUGAUGAAACGCCGCUGUUGACGCGUCCUGCAUCGAUCUCUCCACCUUGCUAGGAGAUCCAUCCCCUGCUUCCUUUUUAACCCCGGCCGGCAGCAGACGCGCUGCAAAUGCACUCGUCUCGCCUCGUCUCCGGUGGGUAGCCAAGCUUAGCUGCACAUCCGUCCAUCCACCGUGCCCGGCCGCAGCAUCCCGUCCUCCUCCUCGUCGCCGGUUUUGAUCCCUGCCCGUGCCCGAUGCAUCCUCACCAGCCAUCUCACGCCUUCAGCUACUGGGUGGAGCAGGGCGCGGGAGGCGGGUACCGCCACGUCGGGGACGGCGCCACCAUCCUCCUCCCCGAGCUCCAGCGCAGCCCCAACCCCAGCUCCAAGUCCUCCAGCAGCCUCAGCGCCGCCGCCACCUUCGCGCCGCCGCUCGCCGCCGCCGCGCAUGGAGGAGUAGCGGCGGUGCCGUUUGGCAUGGUGCCGCCGGGGGUGGCGACGGCGGAUGACGCCCGGUUCUGCAUGCCGUGGGCGACUCCGGCGCACUUCGAGAACUGGGGCGACUCCGGCAUCGUCGUCACGAGCCCGCUCGCCGAGACGGCCUCCACCGACGUCGACGACGUCAGCGGCGGCAACCACCACCACGACGCGCACAUGGGUGUUGCCAUCACGCGGAGCGUCGACGGACACGAGAACUCAUUGCCGGUGUGCAAGGUAGAAUCGAGGGAUCACAAGGCGCAGAGGAGGCUUGCGCAAAACCGAGAGGCCGCCAGGAAAAGCCGGAUGAGGAAGAAGGCAUACAUUGUGGAGCUGGAGAACAGCCGGUCCAAGCUGGCUCAGCUUGAGCAGGAGCUUCAAAGGGCAAGGCAGCAGGGGAUGUUCAUUGCAAGUGGACGGUCCGGUGAUCAUGGAGGCUCCACUGGAGGCGCGCUGGCGUUCGAUCUGGAGUACGCCCGGUGGCUGGACGAGCACCAGCACCACAUGAACGACCUCCGUGUGGCCCUGAGCGCGCAGAUCGGCGACGACGACCUGGGCGUGCUGGUGGACGGCGUGAUGCUGCACUACGACGAGAUGUUCCGGCUCAAGGGCGUGGCCACCCGGACGGACGUGUUCCACGUGCUGUCGGGCAUGUGGAUGAGCCCCGCGGAGCGGUUCUUCAUGUGGCUGGGCGGGUUCCGGUCGUCGGAGCUGCUCAAGGUGGUGGCGCGGCAGGUGGAGCCGCAGCUGACGGAGCAGCAGCUGGUGGGCAUCUGCAGCCUGCAGCAGUCGCUGCAGCAGGCGGAGGACGCGCUGUCGCAGGGGAUGGAGGCCCUGCAGCAGGGCCUCGGGGACACGCUCGCCGCCGCCGCCCCGGCGGCGCCCGGACCGUCCGCGUCCGCCGCCGACAGCGUCACCAACUACAUGGGCCAGAUGGCCGUCGCCAUGAGCAAGCUCGCCACCGUGGAGAACUUCCUCCGGCAGGCGGACCUGCUGCGGCAGCAGACGCUGAAGCAGGUGCACCGGAUCCUGACCACCCGCCAGGCCGCGCGCGCGCUGCUCGUCGUCAGCGACUACUUCUCGCGGCUCCGAGCGCUCAGCUCCCUGUGGCUGACGCGCCCCACGGAUUGAUUCGGAACUAGCCAGCAGGUGUGGCCGUGCCAGUGUCGUCAUAUGAACCGCUAGAUUGCGCUGACACACUAAUUGCGUCCGUCGUGAGAUGUAACCAUGCGGAUUCAUCUGAAACCAAUCAGAAACGGCGAAGUAAGCUUUAGUACAUGGUAAUAGUCACUUUGGCGGUGAUUUUUUACAGCAGCUUCUCGGCUAGUGUUGAAGGAAAACCUGUGCAGCCUUUCUUCCA